CAUAUUCAUACAAACUUUUCUUGCGUUCUGUGCUGUGCGUACUCUUAUCAGCUCAACCGCGAAAUCGGAAGCAUUUAGCUCUGCGAUUAGUUUCAGUUUAACUCCUAGUUCAUUGUCAAUCGGAAACAAAUGUGAUUGAACAAGAAAAUGGAAUACUUGUCAGUUUUCGCAUUACUGUUGAUUGUUGGAGGAAGUUUCUCUGAAACAGACCCUUUCGACAAUGCUUCGACCCAAUUCUCGCUAAACUUUUUCCGAGCGGCAUACAAUCUGAAUCCAAGUAGGAACUGCGUCGUGUCACCCAUUGCCAUUCAGCACACGCUUGCUAUGUUGCAACAUGCAGCCAAACGAAACGAAUCAAGCCAUUUACAAAGCCUGCUGGGAUUCCCAGGAUCAACUAGCUCUACAUCGCCAACUAAGCUGAACAACAAUGCCCUGGAGAUGAUCACCAAGGUGUUCCACUCGCAGGUCGAACUCAAUCCCAAUCUGCUGCCGGUUCUUCAAGCAGAGUACUCCGUAGACGUUCAGGUAGCCGAUUUCAGUCGUCCGGAACAGGUUGUGAGUUCUGUGAACAGAUGGGCUUCCCGCUUCACCAACGGGUUGGUGGGAGAUGUUUUCAACGGAGCCGGUUAUUCCAGAGACGCCAAUCUGAUGAUCAUCAACACCGUUACGUUGAACGCUUCCUGGGAACACCCGUUUUAUACAAGCAGUUUGCAGAAAAGUGACUUUUAUUUCCUGAACGGAGUCAGAAAAGUUGAUAUGAUGCGAACUUACAAGGGCUUUCGGUAUUGUGAAAUCGAUGAUCUUCGGAUAGUGGAGCUUGCCUACAAGAGAACCGCCGACCUCUCUAUGCUGAUCAUUAUGUCUGAUUCUCAGCCAUUGGAAAAGGUCGUUGAGAGAUUAGAUUUGGAAAUGUACCGAUCGAUCGAUGAACGAUUGUACGAAGAUCGCUUUAAGUUGAUCAUUCCCAAGUUUACAAUCAGUCGAGGCAUCGGAGCAAAGCGGAUUUUGAAAGCCAUGGGCCUGAAUGAUGUUUUCGGGAAGGAUGCGUUCAAUGUGUUUGUUGGAUUCAGCAGUCGUUUGGCGAACGUUUAUCAAGCGUUGAGGAUCGAUAUCGACGAGAAUGGAACACGUGCUGCAGCUGGGACGUACUCUGACAAAUCGAUGCGAGUUGGGACGGAUGGGAAAUAUGUUGUUGAUGGUCCAUUUAUUUUUGUGAUUCGCAAGGAUUCAACCAAGGAAAUUGUAUUUAUAGGUCAUUAUUCAAGUUAUGUAGAAUAGAGCAUCCGGA